UUGGACACAUUGGCCGCACGUUAUGGGCGUGCUAAUACACCUCCCACUCCCUAGCGCCAGUCGCCGGUGAUUGACAGUUGGCGAACGACUGCGGACGGCGCAGGAUCUAAACGCUCGCUCGCUUCGUGUAAUUUUCGAAAACGUUUAUGUCCGCCGCCUCACCCUUCAUACAACCAGGACGCGCGAAGUUCAAACGACAAUUUCCCAAGAAAAAUUCGUUUGUUCGAAUGCCAGAAAGAUAGAGUGGAUCUCAGAAAAAGAUAAAUCGGUGUAAAGCACACAUUUCCGAAAAGUGUCCUGGUCAAGAUCGAGGAAGGAUUCGCGCGAUUGGUGUUGAGAAUUGCCGGUGUCGGUUUUUUAGCAGUGACAGUGUUAGGUCGCUUGUUCUGGGAGAAGAUAUCGUGAUUUCUGUGACAUUGUGUUGGUGGUUUCAGUGAAAUGUCACAUGUCGGGGAUGACAAGUAGAUGUGAUCGUUCGUGAGUGAUUGACGUGUUAGGGAAUUUCGCAAAACGACCGGGACGGGAUUCAAGAGCAAUCGGACAUACGGAUAUAGUCAAGAGUGAAAAGUGUCGGUGGGACGAGGGACCACGUGCUCGAGGCCCAGUGAUGCGACGCCACUGACAAGCCGGCAAAACCUUCAGGAUCAUCAAGGUGGAAUUCCUCUCGAAAAUGAGGAAGCAGGAUACAUUUGCCUGGCGACUCAAGCUUUGCUGACGUUACGAACAAACAACACGAGGUCUUGGGUUUAAACUUCUUUUGUACUCUUCGAGGCUGUAUAAUCGAGGGCGAGGAACGUUCGCGACAGUGUUUCGGUGUUUUGUCGCGCAGAGGUUGGCAGUCCGUGGCCUGCCUUCGCCAACCGACGGUAACAGUUUCGCUUGGCAGUGAUUUCCCGUGAAAAAACGCCAAACAACGUGAGUAGUGGAAACAAGUUGAGAAAAAGGAGUGGUGGGCGAGACGAGUUUAUUACACCCCUUAGGGUGUGAGGCUAAUUGAUUGUUACUCUGGGAAAAUAUAGCCGCUACGGUGGCUCAGCACGCAGAGUUCCCCGGCGCGGCCAGGGCGUUCAUGUCGCAGCCAAGGUAUGACGAUGGCCUGCACGGGGGCUAUCUCGAAGGGGGUGGCGGUGGGGGUGGGACAGGCCUUUAUCACCCAGAUCCACAUGCCAGUGCCCGAGGUGUUCCAGGACUUCACCACAGUUCACAUCUGGGAGCAAUAGGACCAGCCCACCCCCAGUAUCCACCUCCCCCACCCCAACCACCUCACAAUGUACUGGCGGCAGUUGCAUCAUCGGCGGCGAUUCCGGAUGUCCACAAACGAGACAAAGACGCUAUUUAUGGGCACCCUUUGUUUCCAUUGCUCGCCCUAAUUUUCGAAAAAUGUGAGUUGGCAACGUGCACGCCUCGGGAACCAGGAGUCGCGGGUGGUGACGUGUGUUCGUCUGAAAGUUUUAACGAGGACAUCGCCGUCUUCUCAAAGCAGAUUAGACAAGAAAAGCCUUACUACAUAGCAGAUCCGGAGGUGGAUUCAUUGAUGGUACAAGCAAUCCAAGUCCUCCGGUUUCACCUCCUCGAGCUCGAAAAGGUUCACGAGUUGUGUGACAACUUCUGCCACCGGUACAUUAGCUGCUUGAAGGGAAAAAUGCCAAUAGACCUGGUGAUCGACGACCGGGAUAGUACGAAACCUCCAGAUAUGGGCAACGGCUUAGACGCAGGUGGACCGAGGAGUACAGCUGACAGCGCGAGCCAUACCGAUGGAGCCAGCACGCCCGACGUCCGACCACCUUCCUCGUCACUUUCGUACCCUGGUCCGGGAGGCAACGACGAUGCACGCAGUCCUGGAAGCGGGGGAACACCUGGCCCUCUCAGUCAACAAGCCCCCACAAGUUUGGACUCCUCCGAUCCUGAUGCGAUGGGUAAGUCGUCAUUUCACUCACCGGAACCGAAGUUAAUGUCACCCAACGGGAAAUGGUGUCCACGUAGAGAAUGGAGUUCGCCACCGGACGCGCAAAGAGCAGCAAGCGACGCUGCUCGUCGGGGAGUUCUUUAUUCUUCCGUAUUCCUCGGCAGUCCUGGUGAUGCAAGUAAUGCAAGUAUCGGUAGUGGUGAAGGUACGGGAGAAGAAGACGAUGACUCGUCGGGUAAGAAGAACCAGAAGAAGAGGGGCAUCUUUCCCAAGGUCGCGACAAACAUCCUCAGGGCGUGGCUGUUUCAACACCUAACGCAUCCCUAUCCCUCGGAAGACCAGAAAAAGCAGCUGGCGCAAGAUACGGGACUGACGAUCCUUCAAGUUAACAACUGGUUCAUUAAUGCGAGGCGUAGAAUCGUCCAACCUAUGAUUGAUCAGAGCAAUCGAGCCGUAUUUCCGCCAUUGUCUGCAGGUCCAAGCGGUGCUUACAGUCCGGAUGCAACGAUGGGUUACAUGAUGGACGGACAAGCAGCCAGUAUGAUGCACCGGCCGCCUGGUGAUCCAGCCUUCCACAAUCAAUACCACUAUCCACCAGAAUAUUAUGGUCAUCACUUAUAAAGCUGGAUGCAGAAUUAGAAGAAAAAAUUAGGUUCUGUAAAUGGACCUUAUGAAAAAAGGGGGCAGGACGAGGGUGAAGCUUGGCUAACCAAGCUCCGACCCCAAAGACCACGUCGCUCACAGCCACCUAGACCACCGCAAGUGAAGGUGCCGACAAUUCUUGCCGCAUAAAUGCCAAACUGCGAGGACGUGUGCCGAAAGAAAUGAAGACGCGGAACAAAAUUCCGAGUAGGUCCGGAAGUGGACAAAGUCAAAGAAGAACGAUCCAGAGUAACCACGCGGAUGAAUCAAAAACAGAAAUCAACCAUCUUAUCCCUGGUGCUAAACACGAUUUAUCCGUAAAAAAAGAGUCGAAAUGGACGUAGAAUCGAGAAAAAUAAAGGGAAAAGUAGAAAAAUAAUUUAUAAACAGAGAAAGGCUGUCGCUGAAGAGAAAAAAGGCAACCGGAUAUGAAAGGGUCGCGAAAAGAAAUUCAUGUGAUUGUUCUUUGUACAAAAUAUUGCGGUGUAAUAUUGUAGUGAUUGAAGAUAUUAAAUGUUAAAUUUUAAUACGAUCACAAUUGAGGAGACUAUAUAUAUAUAUAUACAUACAUAUAUAUAAAAUGAUAGGAUAUAGGAAAUUUUAGCGGGCAUGUACAUUACCUGGAUGCUCGCAUGUCGAGUGCGAAGCGAGUCACGAGAUCUCUGAGGAUAAAGACUAAUGGGUUGAGGAGCGGAGAUGAGAAAAAAAUUUAAGAGGAAAACAAAAGGUGGCUUUAAAAGAAAUCUGUGACCAGGCUUCGACGCGUAAGCGUGUGCUGGACUUGGGAUCCAAGUCCCCUGCGACCUAAUAGGACAUUGAAUUUGUACAGUUCUUACUUAUAAAUAAAUUUACUAACUAAAAAAAUUAUAUAUAUAUAUAUAUAAAUAUAUGAGGGUAUAUAUAUAUAUAUAUACAUAUAUUUGAAAAGAAUAAUUGCAAAAAAUGUACUUCCCCUCCUCCUCGCUCCUGAACCUGUAAUAUAGAAGGGAAAACGAGACACAUUGGGAGGAGCAAAACUUCAGGGAGGAGCUGCUAGAGGGGAUAAGAGUGAGCGACUCGAAAUUAUUUCCCGCUCCAUCCGCCAUGUUUGAGAAGCGCCCCGAUCGGCUCCACUCUUAAGAAUUAAUUAAAAGGUUAACGAUUACGAUUUAUGAUAAUAUAUUGUGUAUAAAUAGUUAAUUCAAUUGAGAAAACGAGAGGGGAGCUAUAGAUGCGCAAAAGAGCGUUCACAAAAAAACCCAGAAUAAAGUCUGAGUGCGAGUGCGAGUGUAAGAGUGGAGAGCAAUGUAUUAUAGAGUAUACAUAUUAUAUAUAGAAGUAUGUGAGUAGGUAUUUAGGGUGCGAAAGUACAGUUUUUCGUUUUGUUCGUUCGCAUUUUUGCUCCCUUUCGAAGCACCUCAUCAAUGUUUCAGCAACACCUUGACAUGCUUCUUUUCAUUUCACACCCUUCUUUUCUUUUCGAGAUUCGUCCAGAGUUGUACAGUACGAUAGUUUUGAGGAAACCUAAUUAUACCGUGUGGAAAAAUUUUCCGGAAGUCUAAUGACUGCCUUGACCUAUUAGUGGCUCUUGCCAUUAAUGUGACUGUUUAUAUUAAAAGUGUAUUUUAUAUUAAAUUUCUUUUUUCUAUUGGUUAAUUUUUGGAAAAAAGUAUUUUACUGUGUAUAUGUAUAUAGUAAUAUUUUAAAUUCAUAUUUUUUUUCUUUAUACAUGUAUGCAAAACCCUCAUGUGACCUCCACCUUACUGAAAUGCUAAAUUGCAUAAAAAGUAUGGUAACUUUCAUAAGUUUUGAAAAUGAAAAGAUAAUUCCACAUAUUAUUAUUACGUAAAAUGUAUUGGCAGUUGGACUCUAUUUUUUAAUCUCGUACCUAUAUAUUUAGUUAAAGACGUUGACAUGAGUUAAAAUUACAUUUCAUUGUAAACUUUUUUCUGGUGUGGAUUUAGUUAGCCUCGGGUUUUACAUACAUUUAUAAAACAAAGUUUUCUAUUCUUGUGGCCUCACAUAUGUGGUCCUCGCUCAGCUCGGAUAAUCAAAAUUUUCCAUUACUUUUUAAAAAUAUCUUACUAAUUUACUCGAAACAAUAACUUUCUAGUACUUAAAAAUAUUUUUUUUCCUAUAACUCAGAUUCUAUUCAUAAGGUUAAUAAGUUUUUAUAUUUUAUAACUUAAUUAAGAAAGAUUCAGUGGUUGAAUCCCUCAGUUUAAAGCCAAAAGACGCGAAUUUGAUUUUUAUAAACUUUGGACUUUUUGUAUCAGCUUUUAAGUGAUUUCAUUCUCUAUGUUCUAUAAUUGUAAUAGCAAUUUAAAUUGUAAAUAAAAUAAUGUAAAUGAUAUAAAAAAAAUUUCUUUAAGAUCAGAUUCUCUAGGCUGAAUCCGUGGAUGAAUAUACUUGCUGAAUAGUAUCAGGGUAUUUCCCUUCUGCUUACCCAGACCAGACGUUAUGGUCAAGAAAAUUAUCCACACGGGAUGACAAACAACAUUUAGGUUUUAAUAACAUGCUAUCAUACUUACUUUCUUCUUUGAAGGAAUAUCAAUUAAAGCUUCUUUUAUAUAUAAAAGGGUUAUGUGGAAUAUAAUUUUAUUAAUGAGUGAAGGUCCUUUAAGUGCAUUCCGUAUUUUUGGAUGAUGAAUUUUAUUUUUCAAUUGUGAAAAUUGGUUUCAAUCCAAAUUUAAAGAUUCUGACAAAAAAUUACUAGAAAAAGAAAUAUAUCUUAAUUUGAAAUGUUUUAAUAUAACUUUAAAGUUAUUUAAAAUUUAUGUAGUUAUUUAUUUAAAAAUAUCUUACUCAAAGACGCUAAUAGUAUAUUAAUAACAAUGCCUUACAUAAGUGUCAGGGAAGAGAUUAAAAAUGGGCACUACGUGAGAUAAUUUGUUUGUUACAUUUUGGCAACUAGUUGACCUUUUAUGUAUGUUUAAUUUAAAUCAGUAACAAUUAUACAUAAAUUUAUUAAUGUAAUAAGCAGUACAAAAUAAAGUUUCGCUCAUGAAAACUAAAAUGCAAAAGAACCAAUUUUCUAAAUUGAAUUUGCUUUAUUGCCUUCCACGUAUUCAGUUAAGAUUUGCCUUCGACAUCUGUACAUUUCUACACGUCAUCUUUGUUGUGCGCGCGUCCCUGAUAUACGUAAUUAAAGAGAUGUGUCGAGACUGGAGGAGAAGGGAAAGAAGUUUUUAAAGAUUCCUUAUUCGAAAAGUCUUUCUAAUGUAAUGUAAAGAUGGAGGAUUUAUCAGUGAUUUCACGUUAACGAUGACUACAAUGAUGAUUAUUAUUAGCAUCGUACUUUGAGGAGGAUUGACAGUGAAAAUUAAGAGAAAGAGCGAGAGAGAUUAUAAAAAUUUAUCCAUAUUUUCACUAUGUCUGCUUACACCAAUUAGGAAAAAUGAUGAAAAACGCUAUACAUUUUACAUUUCCUAAAAACUCUCGUCGCCAGGGCAGAAGCUACACAAUUGCAGGCCACGCUUGCCUGCUCAACAAGUUCAUACUUACUUUGAUAGUUUUGAACAUUACAAGACGCAUCCUGCUAUGGACAAAAUUUCGGUCUAUAUUUGAGACUGGUCAGGAAUGUUUCAAGACAGGUAUUUUUGUCCUAAAAAUUGUGUAACUUCUUCUCAUGGUUAUCGACGUUCUAGUAUACUAAAAAAUGAAACCUACGUAUACCGAAAGACUCAGGUGCGCUGAAAGAGUCACUGAUUUGGUUAAUUGGGGAAAUUGUUCAAGAUACUUUAUAAACGAUAGCUCAAGAAUGUUUGGUCAAUUUUAUGAUCAAUGAAAAUGUAGAAACAUGUGAAUAUUAUAUUUCUCCAAUUAACCAUCGACUGUUUUAUAUGCCUUCAACCUAACAGGAGCCGAGGUUUUGAGUAAUUUGAACAGAAAGAUAAAUGUUAUUCUUUUCAAACUAGACAAUAUGGUGUAUUUUAAAACUGAUGAAAAUAUUCACAAUAAAAUUGUUUCAUCGGCAAACAAGUUUUCCAUUGUAUUAUUGCUAUUGUAUUAAUCUCCAAUGUUUUUGAACAAUAUUUGUCGAAAACUUGUCAUUAUAAGCGUUACGAUUAAUCCCUGGCUGGAUAAUUUGCAGUUGUAUUUGUUAAAUUGGCUAGAUUUUUUAAUUUUGUUAAACCCCUGCCAGUCAAUUAAUCGCCACGUUUUCCUCACUACUUCGGCCCUUCGAUUAUUUCUGUUUAAUGACUCUAAUACAAUAUGUAUACUUAGCACUCGAUUCGCUCUCAACUAACCCACUUUUCGCUUUAAAUGAAUUGUCGAUUUUAGAAAUAUUUAGAAAUACUUAGAAAUAUUUUUUACAAAUAUUUUAAAAGACAUUGUUUUCAAUGAAAAUAUCUCGAAUAUUUUUCAUAUUCGAAUGGUUGGGCGAAUUCGAGUGCAAAAUUUGAGAGGAGAAGAGUAAUACCGACGCAUCAUUGGCUGUUCGUUUAAAAAUGAGUUCAAUUAAUUGAAUCAUCGCCUUAAAAAUGUAUACGAAAUAAUCACUAAGGUAUCUAAAUGAUAAUCAUGUUAGAAGGUAUAAAACUGAAGUAAAGAAAUUUUUAUGAGCAGCGACAAAAGCAAGAAGACAAGAGUAAACGAUUCGCAUGAAUGAAGCGUGCUAGAGAGAACAAGUUUUGCCAAUUGUGAAAGAGUACUGUACAAUUAUUGUAUAAUUAUUAUGGAUGCUUAUGUUGGUGUUGAUGAUCGUGAAGAUGGAGGAACGGCGUCAAGAGCGACGAUGAUAAUGAUGAUUAUUAUUAUGAUCAUAAUGAUAAACAAUAAUGAUAAGGAUGAUGUAUAGUAACCUAAAAUUUAUUAUAUCGGUAUGAAAUCGGACUCUUUUUUUUUCUUCCACUGUUGGCGCAUUGACUAUAAACAAAUCGAGUUAAUAAAACAGCAGAAGAUGGUGUGCAAAAAGAAUUCGACUGUAAAAAUUGUCACGAACAAACUCUAUCCCGCUUACUUUAUAAUUGUUAGAAUGGACAGAGAGUCCACGGGAUUUUCCAAUGUUUCCUGGAAAAGUGACUUGGCUCGCUCAAAAAUUUUAUCUCUUGAAACUGUUGAUUUUUAAUAUUUGCAUUUUUUUGAUUGUUGAAUGUUCGCCUCUUGGAAAUUUUGGAAAUCUCGAUAAUUUUUGUUAUUUAGCGGAAAUUGAAAAUUCAUUUCACGUUUUAAAAAAUGGGCGUUAGCGUCUUAAACCAUCGCUCACUCGAUAAAUCACUCGAUCACACGUGUGACCUUACUGUCUUUCGUUAAAGGUCACACGAUUACGACGAAACAGAAAAGGAAAGGAUGAUAUUGCUGAUAAUGAUGUCAAGGUGGUCUAUGUUAGAGAGUGUCCAUUGUAUAGUGUUUUUUGAAACGUGAGCAUUAAAUGCUACAUCUUGUGUAAA